GUUAAGAAUGCAAAUGAUCUGAUUUCGUGUGAAAAGAGAAAUGCAUGAACGAUAAUGAUAGAGGCGUUUGUCAGUCCAACGCCAACGCGACAGUGAUGCGUAAUAAGAAUAUUUUCGCACUUUUAAUAUCAUUGCAAGUUAUAAGAAGUUUGGCACAAUAUGUGAUCGAAACUCGAAAUGGUAAGAUUCAAGGACUGGCAGACCGAUGGGUGACGUCAUUUCUUGGAAUACGCUACGCUCAGGCUCCUGUAGGAAGCAGACGUUUUGCUCCGCCUGUACCGAUACCAGCAUGGAACGGAACUUUAGAGGCAUUGAAUUAUGGUCCUAUUUGUGUGCAGGCUAUGGAUAUUCUAAUGCACAAGUUUUUGAACAAUCUGAAAAUAAGUGAGGAUUGCCUGAAUUUGAAUGUUUUUGUUCCAGAACAAAAGGAUAAGACAAAACGUCCAGUCCUUAUUUAUGUACAUCCUGGCCAGUUCCAGUACGGUGCUGGGGCUAUUAUUAAUGGUUCCUUUCUUGCAUUGGAAACAGGAUCAAUAGUGGUCACAAUCAACUAUCGUCUGGGAAUUUUUGGAUUUCCAUUGAUUCGAUCUCUUAAUUUUAAGAAUUUGGGAAUACAAGACCAAAUUCUAGCCAUCAAAUGGGUCAGAAACAACAUUGUCGCUUUUGGAGGUGAUGAGGACAAUAUUGCCUUUUUAACAGACUCUGUCAUAGCUAAGAUUCUUUAUUCAAGCACGAAAGAAGCUCUAUUUUCCAAAAUUGUCUCUCUGCCAUUUGAUAUUCCCUAUUCACCUCAGAAAGCAGACACAAGGCAGAAUUUUAUCAAGGAAACUAAAUUAAAAACUCUUUGCAAUUCCACUGGUUUACUGACAUGUAUUAAAGAAAUGAGUCCAGAUUUUCUGCUCAAUGUGAGUUUGAACCAGUCCCCUUGGACCUUACCCCAGUUUCGACCAGUUCAAGAUGACGAUAUUGUGAAAGGUAAGGGCAGUCAAAACCGUAGGUAUAUUGAACAACUUCACCUUAAUGUGGUUGCUCCAUCUUACAUCUAUCGAAAAAAGUCGGUGAUAGUUCAACAGCGACAGUACCCAUGCACCCAAGAAAUUCUUAAGAAGGCCAUACAUAUGGUCUCAUCAAUGACAUCAUCUAAUGCAAGUACCUUGCUGGAGACAUUUUACUUUCCUGAUGAUGUCACUGCAAAUAGUAUAUGCAACGAAGUUUUACGUCUCCUCUAUGAUUACACUUCUGUAUCCUCUGUAAACAAUCUUAACCACCUCAGUGGAUCAGUCCUACUGUUUCUAGCUUUGUUGGAGCCAUACUAUGUGUUACAGGGUGGAACCAGUGAUCCAUUGUGUAUAUUCAGUGGAGGAGGAGAGGGGUGCGAUUCUGAUGCUAAGUCCGUCUUUGUGCUGACAGCUGUUAAAAAUUUUUUGCAGCAUGGCUAUCCCAGUUCAGAUAUUCAAAUAACAUGGCGUCCAUAUACCAAGCAAAGCAAAAAUCACUUGAUAUACAAUGGUUACAAGACAUCAGCAGCCAAUAAAAGCAAAUGGCCUCUAGUUCAACAAGAAAAUAUAUGGUUGAAUUUAGCACCAGAAUUUAAAAAGACUGAUUACAUCCAAAGAGAGUCCUGUCAAUGUGCAGCCACAACAGAUUGGGGGAUGUCAGAAAAACAGCUGGAGAUUUUGCUGUACUGCCUUGUGUUUUGCUGUUUAUUUCUGACCUUUGUAACACUGACGUUGACCCGAAUUCUGUGCUACAUAAACAAAAGGGCAGUUAAAGCAGCGAGAGCUCAGAGAAAUCUAAAGCCGGUCAGUUCUGUAGAUGUUGGUCAUCAUAAUGGUGCUUGUCACCAAGAAGUGGAGGAUUCUAAAUUUUAAUUUCCCUUCUGUACAAUGUUGAAGUUAAUUCAUGUGGUGCUCACAUAGGGAAACUUUUAGUCAUUGUUAAUAGUAGGCGACAAUAUUUUCGAAAUGAAUAAACAAUACUUAGUAUUUAUAAAUGUUAUAAAUAAAUACUGAUAGAUUAUA